CUACAGUCCUCCGUAUUGUUGCGCCUCUACCGCACGUGGCAUCAUUCCUUUCUACCCUAUCCACUGCUGUCGUUCUUUUUCUGUUGCACAUUGUUUUGGUUUCAGAUGAUCAUGCUGCCGUCAGUUCUCACCUCAGCGUACAUAGAAGGUUCGGGUUGAAGACGUCGAGAGGACUUGACCAAAUCAGCCGCCACGUCGACAUGUCCUCCAGCCUGGGCCAUGCGGAGCGCUGGUCGCUAUUGUUGGUGGCAGGGGCCUCGCUUGCUGUCCUUGCCAACACGUUCAAUGGAGACGGUGCUCCUCUUGUCGCUUCUUUUGCAUUUUCCACCUUAGCUUUCUCCAUGACGUACGCUUUCGUCCGAUGGUCUGGCCCGUCCUUUGUGAAGGCAGGGCUCAAAGGUAGAGACAUGAGUAAGCUGGCGCCAAAAGAAAUUCCCGAAGCGAUGGGAGCAGUUGCUGCAUCAGUCUACAUCCUGGCGCUUAUGGCGUUCAUACCCUUUGCUUUCUACAAGGACAUCGUUGCUGCUACGUCCGGUGGUGGAAACAGAGACGUCGUUCUAACAGUCACCGAAAUCGAGACUGGCCGCUUUUUGCAUCGAUUUCCUCACUCGAAGCUAUCUUCGUUUCAAUCUGCCCUCAACACUCUCCAAGCAACCACCAUUCUCGGCAUGGCCGAUGAUAUCCUCGAUCUUCGAUGGCGACAUAAAUUCUUCAUUCCGGCAAUUGCAUCUCUUCCUCUUCUCAUCGUUUACUAUGUCGACUUCGGAGUCACCUCUGUCGUGGUACCAAAUUUCCUUGUUCCAUACAUGCCCGGUCAAGCUAGGCUGCUUGACCUGUCGUUCUUCUACUACCUGUACAUGUCAGCUCUUUCGAUCUUUGCACCAAACUCUAUCAAUAUCCUUGCCGGCAUCAACGGUAUUGAGGUCGGACAAUCACUCGUCAUUGGAGGACUUUUGAUCCUCAACUCAUCACUCUACCUCGUCCCAUUUCCCGGAAAUCCUGUCCUGACCAAUGGGUAUGCGAAUCAUCCGCAUCCGGCAACCGAUUCACAUCUUCUGACGUUGUACGUCCUUCUACCGUUUUUGGCCGUAUCCACGGCCUUGUACAUCCAUAACAAAUAUCCGGCAAGAGUGUUUGUCGGCGACACAUAUUGUUAUGUGGCAGGCAUGACAUUCGCGGUGGUGGCCAUUAUGGCGCAUUUCAGCAAGACUUUGUUGCUACUACUUAUUCCACAGAUUGUCAACUUCGUUUACAGUACUCCGCAGCUGUUCAAGUUGAUUCCAUGUCCACGGCAUCGACUUCCCAAAUUCAAUGCAAGGACUGGUCUCCUCGAACCCAGUGUGACGCCAUGGCCAGCGGAGCGACCUCCAAGCAAGAUCCAAACGACCAUUUUCCUGACACUGGAAAAGUUGCGGUUACUCCAGGUGACAAUCGAUCCAAAGACAAACCGAAUAUCGUCCACAUCUAACCUGACAAUCAUAAAUUUGUGGCUGGUUUGGAGAGGCCCUAUGCGAGAGGAUCAGUUGAUGAGAGAGUUGUUGUUUAUGCAAACAUGCUGUGGGCUCUUCGGACUUUUUGUGCGCCAUACUUUUGCACUCUUGAUCUUCAGCGUGGAUAACAGGGGAAAAUAUAGGAGCCGAUUUCCAGUAUAGAUUGCUGGCUAAAAAUUGAUAUGAAUAAAGGUUCGCCCAGGUAUCAACCAUUAGCCUGCAAGAUCUGGGUUCUUGUGGU